GGGACCCGCUAUUGUCGUUCCGCCGUCAGCUGAGUGAGGUCGUCGUCGUCGUCUCCGUCGUGGUACCAUGGUGAAACAAGUGCCGGAACCGCGAUAGUAGUUGCCACACAUCCGCACGAAAACAAAGCAAGUGGUUAACCUGGGGAUCAAUUUGGCUGGUGAAGAAACUACCUUCAAACAGGUGCUGCAGUGUGCAGAAUAAUAGUGAACACGUGUGUGCUAGAUCCCACGCAACAAAAAUCACUGCAGUGCUCCGGAGAUCAUGUGCGAUCGAAAAGUGGUGAAGGUCGUGUGAGCCUAUUUAGAGGUGGGCUCCCUUUUUGCUAUCAGUGUCCAAAAUAUCUGCGGUAUUUCCCCCGAUCCAGACGAUUGUUUUAACUCUGAUCGGCGCAAACAAAAUGACGAGCUACAUCGAAGUGAGCAUACACUCGGAACCGGAAGAUGACGAUCAUCACGAUCUGUCCGAUCUCGAGCUGCAACAGUGUAAUAGCAGUGGCAGCCGCCAACACCUGCUGCAAAGCAUCACAAAUCUUUCCAAACCCGACUGUCUCUUCACAUCGGCAGCACAAUCGUCCAACGAGUCCUAUGGCAAGGCAGAGAAGCGGAAGCUUAUGUGGGCCACACUGUUUACGGUAGCGUUUAUGACAGCAGAAUUCGUGGGAGGAUACCUGUCCGGCAGCUUAGCGAUCAUGACGGACGCGGCCCACCUGCUUUCGGAUUGCAUCAGCUUCGUGAUUGCGAUCAUUUCGAUCUGGAUCUCGAACCGACCGGCCGACGCCCGGAUGUCCUUUGGCUAUCGGCGGGUCGAGGUGCUCGGUGCGCUGCUGUCCAUCUUCGGCAUCUGGGCCCUGACCGCCGUGCUGGUGGUCAUGUCCGCCAAUCGACUGAUCGAGGGAGAUUACGAGAUCGACGCCGAUACGAUGAUCAUUGUGGCGAUCCUGGGCGUCGUAAUGAAUAUUGCGACGGCAUUCAUUCUACACGGGUCCUGCAGUGUGGUGCCACACAGCCACAGCCACGGUCACAGCCAUGGCGGACAUGGUCAUCAUUCGCACAGCCAUUCCCACGGCCACAGUCACAUUUCUCGGCCACGGUCGAAAACUCCUCAGCUCGUCGCACCACGCCUCUCACUGUCAAGGUCCUGCUCGCCGCUACCACGUCGGAUGCUACGCGCCCAAUCCUGCGAUGAGAAAAAGUGCGACAAGCUCGAGCAGCUCAUCAUCCCGAACUAUCCACCGAGCCCGCAGACAGGGAGUCCACUAUCGUCGCGUCAAAACAGCCGGCACAACUCGUUCGCCCUCACCGAUCACAAACAGCGGCCAAGCCUGGACACGAUUCUCACCAACGCACGGCUGAAGCUGCACAAGGAAAGCCUUCGACAUCGGAUGAGCAUCGACGCUGGGUUGAACUCGCCCGAUCUGAUCAGCUCGAGCAAGCUGGCGUACUCGCGGAUCAGCACCGAACCGGAAUCUUCCACCCGGGGGCACAGCGAGGAUGAGGAGCGUGGAGGCGACCGGUUGGAUGCAUCCUCUCCAGAGCAUCAUGCGCAUCAUCGUCAUCAUCAUCAGGAGCAGCAUUGUGCGGAGGACGUGGUGCAGGAUGACAGCAGUAAUCUGAACGUACGUGCGGCCAUCAUUCACGUGAUCGGCGAUUUCAUACAAAGCAUCGGCGUGUUGGUAGCUGCAAUAGUGAUCAAAUUUGCGCCUCACUUGAAAGCGUUCGAUCCGAUCUGUACGUUCGUGUUUUCGCUGAUCGUGCUCGUCACGACGGUACGUAUCUUCCGCGAUUCGAUGCGCAUACUGGUGGAUGCCGUACCGGUGGACGUGUCGCUUGAGCGGCUCUCCGCCGAGCUGGCCUACAUCGAGGGCGUUAAGACGGUGCACGAUCUGCGGGUGUGGAGCGUUUCGACCGGGUGGAACGUGAUGACGGUGCAUCUGAUGAUCGAUCCGUUAGCGAACGCUUCGGAAAUUCUUGCCACGGCGGAUCACAUCGCGCGGCACGAUUUCCGCAUCAAGCACAGCACGGUGCAGAUCGAGAAGAUGCACUUUUAGCGAAGGUGAUCACCAUCUUCGCCUGCCAACACACACACACAAUUGUGAUUUCACAGCCCUGCCGCCGUCCGUGCAAGAAGCGAUCCUCAAUACUUUCUGGUCACUGCACAAAUGCGCUGUGUUAAUAGGUUAUAAAAAAAAAGGUCACAGUCUUUUCCAGUCUGUAAGAACAAGUCAGCAAUUAGGGAUUUAAGAAACAAAAGGCUAAAUAAAAGAUAGUUUUAAACAUUGAGUGAACAAAUAAA